UUCAGCCUCGUUCAGUUCCGCAGUUCUUCAUCAGACAGACUUUCAAGGAGCCUCUUUACAAAGCAACAGUAUUCAAUUGCAACAUCCGCCAUGGCUAAAACAGAAAGCGGGAGAAGAAAACUGAAGCCAGUGAUUGAGAAGAAAAGAAGAGACCGAAUCAAUCAAAACCUUGCUGUUCUCAGGGCUCUUCUGUUCAACAGCACCGCAGAUACGCGUUUACAAAACCCCAAACUGGAGAAAGCUGAGAUUUUAGACUUGGCCGUUCAAUAUAUAAGAAAGAACACACGCGACAAAACAGAUAACAAAGGGUCUGUAAAUCAGACGGUCAUUGAAGUCACACAUACUCACACAAACUCAUCGAACCAUGUCUCUGCUGCUCACGUGACCCAGCGACGUGUUUCAGACUUUGAGAGUGAGAGAGAGAAUUCGACAAAGAGUCCGGAAUACUGUCUGGAUCGCCAGCAUAGUCAUUCUCCCAGUUUUCGGGGAGAACCAGACAUGAAGUCACCAAACUCUCAUACUAAACCUUGUACAACAGUGUCUCAUUCCUACACCCAAGAUCGCAUCUUCACUGAUUCAUCUUCAGUUGCUUCUAAAUCUGCCUGCCAAAAUCCUAUUGUCUUUACUCCAUCAGAAGAGCUUUCUCCUCCUCCCUCUCCACUCUACAUACCAAUUGCUCCCUCCAUGUCUCCUCCAUCAUUCUCCUUCCCUCUAUUUACAACAGCGUUCUCUGUCUGCAGUCUUGGGGGUUUACCUCAGCCACUACAUCUUCAUAAACCCAGAGCUCUCACUACAUCACUGACUCUUCAUCUUGACACAAGCGAAGUUUUUUCUCCAUCACAAUCAACAUGGAGACCGUGGAGCUGAAAUGGUAUGGGGAACUGGUGUCUCAAGCUCUGACAAGAAGGAACAAGAGGGUGCUCAUAGCCACCUCUUGUGGACAGAUGUGGUACCUGAUGAACCGAAUAUUUAUAGUCCAAUGUCCAUUAUCCGUUUAAAGUGUAUUUCACUGUGUAUUGUUCUUAUAUAAUCUAUUUAUCAACAAAUGUGGAUGUCUCUAUAUGCACC